GAACAUAUGAUAAAGUCAGCCUGUUCUUAACACAUUUCUGUACUAUGAAACAGAUUGAUCCAAAGAACUAAGAACUACUUGAACGGCAAAGGAACAUGAACCUCAUCACCACCAAUGAAACGUUUCAAAACAUGUCAUCAAAUAUGUCUACUAGCCAAUCACCCUCAUGCCUCAACCAUAUACUUGCAGACAAUCCCUCUAAAGUGAUUCCAGUCAUCUAUGCCAUCAUUUGUAUAUUUGGAUUUAUUGGCAACAGUGUGGUGAUUACAGUGCUGUGUCGUGAACGUGGUGUCAAAACCAUAGCCAGCAUAUACAUCUUGAAUUUGGCUGUAGCUGAUUUACUAUUUAUUUUAACUUUACCCCUUUGGGCCACAUACUAUGCUUUUGGCUACAAAUGGGUCUUUGGAAAUGUAAUGUGCAAACUCUCUGGUUCUCUUUUGUGUCUUAGUUUAUUUGCAAGUAUUUUCAUUAUUAGUUGCAUGAGUGUAGACAGAUACUUAGCUAUUGUUCACCCUCUUCGUUUACAAAUAAGAACUUCCCAUCAAGCUUCUGUUGUGGUGUUAAUAGCAUGGGGAUUAGCCAUUUUAUCUACACUUCCCACUCUGUAUUUCCGCAGUAUGUACUACAUUAAGAGUUUAGGAGUCAAUGCAUGUGUCAUGGACUUUUCAGAGGAAAAAUAUUCAAGUUGGUUUGCAGCUAUUUCCCUGAUGAAAAUUGGCCUCGGAUUUUGCAUCCCCUUAGUAAUGAUUGGCACGUUCUAUCUGAGGAUUAUGAUACAUCUUAAAAAGGAAAGACAUCAAUCAUUUAAUAGGAACUACAGAGACCGUGCCUUGAAAAUUGUGACUGCAAUUAUUUUAACCUUUAUAAUCUGCUGGUGGCCGUUCCAUACAUUGACAUUCUUGGAUUUACUUAUUAGAAGGGACAUCAUCUGCAACAACAAUCUUGUGAUAUUUAUUCAGACAGUUAUGCCCUUUAGUGUGUGUUUGGGUUUCUCCAAUAGCUCCAUUAACCCACUUCUGUAUUGCUUCUUUGGAAACCAGUUCAGAGAAAAUUUUAAACAUACCUUUAGUUUGAAGACUUUUCAUCCGGACAGCAACAUGCAAAGCUCUUCAAGAAAGGGAAGUGCUUCAAAAGAUGAGAAAUGUACUGGCAUAGGUGAUAAUCUGAAUGUAUGACUUAAAGUGCCAGUUGUUUGUAUAUUGCUAAUCACAACCACAGACAAACAUAAUCUGCUGCAAUCGGUCCUAUGGAAUUGAUAUUUGUAGUAGUAUUUAUCCAUAUUGACUUUGAAUUACAUUUUUGAAAGACAGUUAGGGAUAAAUAGGACAUAUUUCUAUCAGUCUUCUAAAACAGUGGUUCACAAGUUGCAAAAUUCUGUCAGCCUCUGGCUUGGGGUUAGAGUGGACUUUUGACACAUGGGAAUGGAAAAAUAUAAAGACUGCUUGAAGAGGUUAAGAGAAGAAAUACAAAUGGGAGAGAGAUGAUGACAGCUUAAAUGUGAAAGAGGGAUGAGAAUAUAUCUUAAUCCUAAAUCAACUGACAAUGGCAUGCACUUAACUAGUACAUUAUAUUAAUAAGUACAAAAGAACAUGAACUAUCAGUGUAAUGCCAUACGAUGAUGAGCUCAUUUUCUAUAUCUUGUUAAAAAAGAAAAAAAUCUGUGUCACACAGGUAUCUUACUAGCGUCUCUAAAAAUGGAAAGAUGUUGGAACUUUAGUGAAUCAACUGAUGAAAAUGGUGAAUCUUCUGAGUAAAUGUUCCCAGGUGUAAUAAUCUUAAAUGACUAUCAGUUGGUAAACUAUCAGCAAACAUUUCAAACUUUUAACAUAUAUUCAACUGUUUGUAGGUUAUGUAAUUUACACAUUUAAUAAAGUUGUGAUAAAGUUCAGAAGGAAAGUUUUUUUUCCUUAAUGAAAGCUGAAUACAUAAGGGUCUUUGUUUGAAACUACAGGAUAUAGAGUAGUGGAUACAUGGGGGCUUAUUUAUUAAAGGUCUUGUAGACCUGAUCCGACAGUGCGGAUCAGGUCCGCAAGACCUCACUGAAUGUGGAGAGGAAUACACUCUACGCAUUUAACAUUGCAUCAUCAGCUCACAAGAGCUGCUGGUGCAACGCCGUCCCCUGCUGACUCGCGACCAAUCGGCCGCCAGCAGGGAGGUGUACUCGAUCGGGUUGAUUUCCGGCGAUUCCUGUCCGCCUCAUCAGAGCAGGCGGGCACGUUAUGGAGCAGUGGUCUUUAGACCGCUGCUUCAUAACUGCUGUUUCUUGCGAGUCUGAAGACUCGCCAGAAACACGGGCCCCCAAGCUCCAUUCAGAGCUGGAUAAAUGGGCCCCAUGAAAUAGACCUGCAGUAGAGUCAUAAAACCACAGGAACUUUUACAUUUAAUAUAAUUAAG